AUAAAAUAACUCCACACGCCAUUGUUGUUACAUUGUUUUGUAGCCAACCAACUUCGAUUUUCAAAAAUGGAAACCCUAGAGCCUCGUUCUGUGUCGCAAUCGACUUCAAAUUCAAACUCUAAUUUAGGAAACCUUAGCUCUAGCUCUGUUCCUUCGCCGCAGACACCGCCGUCAUCGGUGUUGAGGCUGUGGAGACCAGCCGCUCAGCGAAACUUGAGGAACCAGUGGUCCAAAAUGGCGUCGUAUCGUCAACAGUGGCUCUCCGCUUCUUCUAGUGGCAGAUUGCACGCUACUUCUCUCGUCAACUCUUAUUUAUCUCAAAGGUACAUUCCUUCGAUGGAAUUAGGUGCUUUGAGUGAUAUGCCCGAUAUUCGAAAGAAGGCAUCCUAUAAAUUGUUUAAGCAGCAGGAGCACUAUCGGAGCAAACUUUUAUCAUCUUAUAAGGACAUGGUGGCUAUUACAAAUUACAUGAUCAGCACUAGCAGAUCCAUGAGAAGUUUUCUCAAAGGUCCUAGUAGUAGUCCACUUGUGCAAUUUUCUAGUUAUUCUGAGGAUACAAAUGAUACUGGUGAUGGUGGUGGAACACCAGUCUUUGCGCUCUUAUCAAUUACUGUUUAUGAGAAAUUAGCUAUGGAACUUGUACAGAUGUUCAAAUUAGAACUGAUUUUGAAGCGAUUGCUGGUGGUAGAGUUACUGUCUAUUGGUUCUGAAACUAAUCAAGUCAAUGAGCUUUCCUGGUCAGAUGAGCUUUAUCUAGGGGAAUUCGAUGAUUUGAGAUUGUGUGAUUUGUAUUCAAAUGAAACUUGUGAGCCAGUUAGCCCAAAAUUGAAGGACUGGAACUCUGACAAAACUGCUGUACAAUGUAACUGUCAGCCAAGCCAGGAGAUAUUGCAGGUUGCUUUAACAACUUGGCUUGCAGAGGUGAACAUAGAUACUCAGAGAGUGAACGAAAUAUUCACAGUAGUUGGAGAGGAAAUGCAUGUGAACAUUCUUUGAGCACAUUUCCAUUGUGGAGGCUAUGUUGUUUACACCAAUCAUCCAGCAGAAGCCACUCUGCCUCAACAAGGACUAUGACUUUUUAGGUUGACCUAAGCUUUAUCAGGUUAGUAUUUGGACUCAGAUGUCAGAGGUAACCGAAGAUUCAAACCUAGGUAGCAAUGGCAUCCAUAGGUGAAUGUUUGCAAUUAAAUUGAUGUUUUACAUCUAUAUGGCUUUGGUUCAUUUAAUUGCAUAAUGGUUAACUUGGUGUUUUGUUUAUGUCGAAUCCAUUACAGCCCCGGUAUUACUAGCUUUCAUUCCGUACUCCUAGAACGAAUCUUAACUAUACUUGUUUGAAUUUGAUGUGUACUUUGUACAGAUCAUGAGGGCAUUUUUAUUGCA